AUGGCUGCGCUCAACCGUCCCCGCGUCUUCCUCGAGAUCAGCAUCGGGAACGAACCUGCAGGCCGCUUGACCAUCGAGCUCUUUGCUGAUCAGACUCCAAAGACAUGUGAGAAGUACGAAAUCCCUCGAGCUUCCUUCUUGUAUACACUUGCGCUGACUCUGACGACNAGCUUCCGCGCUCUCUGCGCAGGCUCGCACAAAAACCUCAGCUAUGCCCUCAGUCCCUUCCACCGCAUCAUUGACGAAUUCAUGGUACAAGGCGGAGACAUAACCCGCGGCGAUGGCACAGGCGGCGAUAGCAUCUACGGCGGCGACUUUGAAGACGAGAACCUAGGUUGGCGCGACAUGGAUGCUGCCGGUCUGGUGUGCAUGGCCAACCGUGGAAAGGCCACCAACAGCAGUCAAUUCUUCAUAACCCUCGACGAGUGCCCGCAUCUGAACAACAAACACACCAUAUUCGGUCGCUUGGUUGGAGGCGAAGACACUCUCGCUCGCAUGGCCAAGGUCCAGGUCGACAAGGAUGACAAACCCCUCGAGCCUGUUCUGAUCGCACGCUGUGGAGAACUUGAGCGCAGGAAGAAAGCUCCCGCCGCAUCGCCCGAACCAGCUAGCAAAGACAGAGGCCGACGGGACAGACGCGGAAGCUCUGCAUCACUCUCGCGCUCUCCCUCCCUGCGACCUAAGAGGAGUCAGCCAGUACGAAGACAGAGCGACCACGUAAUCGACGAGACUCUGCGCGGUAGAGUACGCGCAAGAUCCGACGACGAAGACGUAGAGUCGUCUGCAAAGAGCGUGCUGUCGAGUCAGAUUCACAGAGCCCAGACAGCAGGUACAAGCGGAAACGCAGCCCCAGUCCGUCGCGAGGAUACGAGAGGAAAAAGNGCCAGUCGCGAGUCGAGUCGAAGUCCGGUAGACUCACGUCGGCGAAGAAGAAGUCUGCCGAACCAGUACUACGAUCAUGAUGCGCCAAGCAGAUCGAAUGAUAAUGACCGCAGACGACACAGAGACAACGAUCGGUACCGACCUGGCAAUGCUAACAGGCAUUACGACAGAGACGGCGGAAGAAGAGGUGGAAGAAACUCAUACCGCCCACCAAGGCAGGAAGAAGGACGUUUGGGUGGAGAUUCAUACGGCAGCGCUGGCGCAGGAGCGGGUGAGGAGAGCACCGUCAAGUUCAAAGGCAGAGGCCAUAUGAAGUUCAGGGAACCGGAUAGGCGCUGGUAA